AACAAUACUUAUACUUUACCCAUCCAUCCAUACAUGUAUAUAUAUAUAUACAGUAUAUAUACAGUAUAUAAGUAAUUAGCACCGUUAAUGAAUGAGUACAUGCAUUGAGUAAAGUGCAGAAAAGAAGAGAGACAAACGCUAUAUGAUUUAGGGCUUCUUCGUCUUCCCUCUCAUCAUCAAUCAUCAUUCAUCUCAGCUUCUCACAUUAAUUAAUACAUUUAAUUCAAACAAAAAUGCCCCUUCAGUUCUCCCCUACCCUUCACUCCCUCCUACUGUUUUUUCAAUUUCAAUUUCAACAAACACACAAGCCUGUUUCGUGUUCUCGAAGAAGACGACGAAGAAGAAGAAGAUGGAACAACAGCAGAAACGAAGCUCUAAGAAUAAAUCGACAAAGGAACUAGUCGACAUUGUGUUUUCAUGGUCUCUUCCCAAUUUACUCAAUCAACACUUAUUCACCCACAAGGUUGCACAAAUUCCCGACACAUUCCCGUCGGGCGGCGCCGCCGCCUACCACCGCUCAUUCAUCAAUCCCCUCAUCGAAGAAACUCGCGCUCAGCUGCAUUCCUCCCUCACAUGUGUACGCACACAACCUGUUCGACAAAUUGCCAAUGUCCGGACAGCUGAGAAGCUUAAUAACAGAUGGCUGCAUAAAUUAAAUCUCGAAACAAUCGAAGAAUUUGACGCCAGGACAACGACAAAAUCGUUGCCGCCGCUUUACAAUCCUAUGAACGGCGACUUGAUCGCACUGACGGAUGUCGUGCCGAAGUGCAUCGACGAUCUCAAUAGGCCUAUGAGACCAUACACCAUUGCCAUUGUCGUCAGCGGCGAGGAAUUCGAUGAAGACGACAACCCCUGUUCUUUUAUAGAGAUGGUUUGUCCGAAACAGAUACAUUUUCGAGGGAGCGAAGAUCAUCUCUUCGCCGUUUAUCUUACGAACAUCACGUCGAACAAGCGAAUUUGGUCGGCAUUGCAUCAGGGAAAAGAUGCAAACUUGAAGAUCAUAACCUCUGUUCUUAGUUACAAUCCAACUGCUGUGGAGGAAAAUUGCGCGAUUUGCGGAGACGAUGAAAUGGAGGCGGGAGUUAAGGCGACGUUGGACUCGUUCGGGCUCAACGAAUCUCAAAAGGAUGCGGUUUCGAAUUGCGUUGCUUUAACGAGAUGCGGGCAUCGAAGCCGUGUGAAGCUAAUAUGGGGUCCCCCGGGGACGGGGAAGACGAAAACGGUGGCGUCGUUAGUGUUUCUUCUAUUGAGGAUGCGAUGCAAGACACUAAUUUGCGCCCCGACAAAUGUUGCCGUGAUUGGAGUCGCGAAGCGAUUGAUGAGUUACUUGAGCGGCGAAUUAGUGCACGGCGUGUAUGGAUUAGGGGAUGUGGUCGUGUUCGGGAACGAGGAGAGAAUGAAGAUCGACGAGCACAAGGAUCUUUUCGAUGUGUUUCUUAAUCACCGUGUUAAGGUGCUCGGUCGAUGUUUGGAUCCCGAAAUUGGGUGGCGAGGUACUUUAGCGAAGAUGAUACGGCUACUCGACAAUCCUAAUGAAAGCUACAAAAAAUACAAACAAGAGGAAGAGAAAGAUGAUCACAAUGGCGAUAUCGAUAUCAUGGAAAAGGUCGAAAGUUUCGAAGAAAUGCUCAAAGGCGAUAUUUGGAAGAGGAUCGUUAUCGAAAGCGUAAUGCCGAAGAAGAAGAGGAGUAAAUUAAUGAGAAAAUUUCCUCGCGGGGACGUUAAGGCGAGAAACUCUAAGUGUUCCAAAGGCGUGGGCGGAAAGAUUAUACGGUUGUCAUUCGACGAGUUCUUCAAAGAGACAUUCUUUUCGUUAGGAAAGCUGCUGAUCUUUUCUCUAAGAGGACUAUACACUCAUUUGCCGACAAGUUUUCUUUCGAUCAAAAUGGUCGAGAAAAUGACAAGCGCCGUUUCUAUGCUCCAAGAGAUCGAAACUCAGCUAUGCAAGUUCGAUUUGAAAGAUAAUAGGAAGAGAAGCACAACUUUAUCGAAAGAGGAUGGAGCGCUAAGGGUCGAUUGUGUGUUUAAUUUGAACGGGGUAAGAGUCGAGUGCUUGAAAGAACUCAACUCUCUCCACGAAACGUUCGUUGUCAAUGUUGGUUGCGACAUCAGGAGCUUUUGUCUGGAAAAUGCCGAAUUGGUUUUCUGCACAGCUUCAAGCUCGGCGAAACUCUACAUGACGAACAUGUCGCUCGAGCUGGCGAUUAUCGAUGAAGCUGCACAGCUUAAAGAAUGCGAGUCGUGUAUCCCAUUGCAGCUACCGUCGCUGCGCCAUGCCGUGCUCGUUGGGGAUGAGAAACAGCUCCCUGCGAUGGUUGUGAGCAAGAUUUGUCAAAAGGCCCGUUUCGGGAGGAGUUUAUUCGAGAGGCUCGUCGCAUUGGGACACGGCAAACAUCUCUUGAAUAUUCAGUACAGAAUGCAUCCGAGCAUAAGUUUGUUCCCGAACGGGAUGUUCUACGAAAACCAGAUCAAGAACGGUCCGAAUGUCAUGGAGGAAAGCUACAAGAAGUGCUUUGUGCGAGGAGACGAAGGAAAACUCUUCGGAACCUAUUCGUUUAUCAACGUAUCGAAUGGGAAAGAGGCGUUCGACAACAGUCAUAGUCGGAAAAACAUCGUCGAGGUUUCUGUAGUCGCUGAGAUAGUUUCGAUACUCUAUAAAGAAUCGGUUAAGACCAAGAAAUGCGUGCGCGUCGGCUGCAUUUCGCCGUACAAAGCUCAAGUGUUUGCCAUUCGGGAAAAGCUCCUAAAGAAGUACAGCGCUGAUGCGAACGAUGCUUUCUCGGUGAACAUCCAAUCCGUUGAUGGAUUCCAAGGCGGCGAAGAAGAUAUCAUAAUCAUCUCCACGGUUUGUUGCAACGGGAACGGAUCAAUUGGCUUUCUCGACAAUCAUCAACGGACUAAUGUGGCGUUGACUCGACCUCGGUUCUGUCUAUGGAUAUUAGGCGACGAGGCGACUUUGAUGAACAGCAAUACUAUUUGGCGAAAGUUAGUCGUCGACGCCAAGAAUCGCGAUUGCUUUUACAACGCUUGCGACGAUCGCAACUUGUCCUCGGCGAUCAGCACCUCGUUGAUCAAGCUUCGCCAGCUCGACGCCGUGUUUUGUACGGAGAGUAUACUUUUCAAAACGGCAAAGCAGAAGGUUUGCUUCGAUCCAAAGUUUUACGAGUCGAUAGCCAAAAUUCGGGACAUGGAGGUGCACAAAGAAGUGGCGGCGGUGCUAGUGAAGGUCUCGAACGGUUGGCGCAACGUUAAAGAUUAUUCCGAAUCGGAAACUUCCUCGCUUGAAUGUUGCGAUUUGAAGAAGCAAUUGAAGCUAGUAUGGAGCAUGGACGCGGUCGGGGAAGAUUCAUCCGAUGUGCGAUCCGUUAGGAUCAUUGAUAUCGAACCGAAAUCGAAACCGAGCAAGAAAGUCGAUAGCCAGGUUGCGAGUGACGAGGCAUUGUCCUCUCGAUUCGCUGCGUUGAAUUUGGAAGAUGUCGAGCCAAGAGAGAGCCCCGACGUCGAGUCUGAUAAACGAGAGAUUUAAGUGUAACGACGGCUCAUAAACGAGAUGGCCUAAGCUCAACUGCCAUUCUCGUAUUCUUUUCGAAUCUCUGGUUUCAUUUCUCUCUUCUGAAAGCCAUCCUUACAAUGUAUAAAAAUGCACGAGUAUGUCUUUACUCUUACCAAUUCUUACUCGGCACUCCUUAAAAUGUUUUGAGCCCGAGAUCGAGCUCAUUGGCCUUUUCCAAAGAAUGCUAGCGCCAUGGCAACUGCGUUGCGACGAAUAGACGAUCCAUCUGUUGAUUGAUUGCCAAAUUAGGUAUGUUGUAUCCGAUGCCUUGAGUCUUUGGCCGGAAAAUCGUGCAAUGUCAAUACAAUUGCACGGUCUUUCUUGCGACUAUGUCUAUGUACUCACCCAACCCUUCUACGAUAGCAUCGUUGUCCAAGAUAUUUCCUCAAGGGAUUUCGAAUGUAGAAAAUCCUUCACCUCCUCGGCGUACAUGUCCGAAAAAUAGAUUUCGCCAGCAUGGUCGUGUUUGAACAGAUUGUGACAACUGGCAGCUCAUGAUAGUCGCAACUUUUAGAUAACAUUCGGAACAGCAUCUUGUAGGGCG